CUGCGUGCCAUUUGCUCUGCAGGGCUCACCCACUCUACUUCCGGCGCGGAGGUGAGAUUCCACCAGCCCUGGCGCUUAGUGAUGAUGUCAGAUCCCGUUACCCUGCUGAGUCGGAAGUGGGAACCCUUUGGCCCCUGAGACUGUUGUGUCGUCGUUGCUGGCCCUUCAGGCCCUGCCCCACCCCCUAGGUCUGGAUGGAGGAUACCUUAAAGUGAAAUGACAGACCAGGAGAAUAACAACAACAUCUCAAGUAAUCCCUUUGCUGCUCUUUUUGGCUCCCUGGCUGAUGCCAAACAGUUUGCAGCAAUCCAAAAAGAGCAGCUGAAGCAGCAAACUGAUGAACUCCCAGCAAGCCCAGAUGACUCCGAUAAUAGUGUGUCAGAGAGUCUGGAUGAGUUUGACUACUCUGUGGCUGAGAUCAGCCGUUCAUUCCGGUCACAACAAGAAAUAUGUGAGCAACUCAACAUCAAUCACAUGAUCCAAAGAAUCUUCCUCAUUACUCUGGACAACAGUGAUCCAAGCAUGAAAAGUGGGAAUGGUAUCCCAAGCCGUUGUGUAUAUUUGGAAGAGAUGGCAAUAGAGCUAGAAGAUCAAGACUGGCUUGAUAUGAACAAUGUUGAGCAGGCAAUCUUCGCUCGCUUGUUACUUCAAGAUCCAGGAAACCAUUUGAUUAAUAUGACUUCUUCUACAACAUUAAACCUCUCUGCUGAUCGAGAUGCGGGAGAGAGGCACAUUUUUUAUUACCUUUACUCCUGCUUCCAAAGAGCCAAGGAAGAGAUUACCAAAGUCCCAGAGAACCUGCUCCCCUUUGCGGUACAGUGCAGGAACCUCACUGUGUCCAAUACCCGAACAGUUCUCCUUACCCCAGAGAUCUAUGUUGACCAAAACAUCCCUGAGCAACUGGUAGAUUUGAUGUUGGAAGCCAUCCAAGGAGCUCAUUUUGAAGAUGUAACUGAGUUUCUAGAAGAGGUCACUGAAGCCCUGAUACUGGAUGAGGAAGUUCGAACAUUUCCUGAAGUCAUGAUUCCAGUGUUGGAUAUUUUGUUGAGUCGAAUUAAAGAUCUAGAGCUCUGCCAGAUCCUACUGUAUGCAUAUCUGGAUGUUCUUCUCUAUUUCACUAGGCAAAAAGAUAUGGCAAAGGUUUUUGUAGAAUACAUUCAGCCCAAGGACCCUAGCAAUGGGCAAAUGUACCAGAAGACCUUGUUGGGAGUCAUUCUGAACAUCUCCUGCUUAUUAAAGACUCCAGGUGUGGUAGAAAAUCAUGGCUACUUCCUGAAUCCAUCUCGUUCCAGUCCUCAGGAGAUCAAAGUACAGGAGGCCAACAUCCAUCAGUUCAUGGCCCAGUUCCAUGAAAAGAUCUACCAGAUGCUGAAGAACUUGCUCCAGCUCUCUCCAGAAACCAAACACUGUAUCUUGUCCUGGCUUGGAAACUGUUUGCAUGCAAAUGCAGGCCGCACCAAGAUCUGGGCAAAUCAAAUGCCAGAAAUCUUCUUCCAGAUGUAUGCCUCAGAUGCCUUCUUUCUGAAUCUGGGUGCUGCUCUCCUGAAGCUGUGCCAGCCAUUUUGUAAACCCAGAUCCUCUCGGCUCCUCACCUUUAAUCCCACUUAUUGUACCCUGAAGGAGUUGAAUGAUGAAGAACGAAAAAUUAAAAAUGUACACAUGAGAGGUUUGGACAAAGAAACCUGUUUGAUCCCAGCUGUGCAGGAGCCAAAGUUUCCCCAGAGCUACAACCUUGUAACAGAGAACCUUGCCUUGACAGAGUACACCUUGUACCUAGGAUUUCACAGGUUACAUGAUCAGAUGGUAAAAAUCAACCAAAAUCUGCAUCGGCUGCAGGUUGCCUGGCGGGAUGCUCAGCAGAGUUCUAGUCCUGCUGCUGACAAUCUCCGUGAGCAGUUUGAACGACUGAUGACCAUCUAUCUUUCUACCAAGACUGCCAUGACUGAGCCACAGAUGCUGCAAAACUGCCUAAAUUUGCAGGUGUCCAUGGCUGUUCUUCUGGUUCAGCUGGCCAUAGGCAAUGAGGGCUCACAGCCAGUAGAGCUAACUUUUCCUUUGCCAGAUGGCUAUAGCUCUUUGGCUUAUGUGCCAGAAUUUUUUGCAGAUAACCUGGGUGAUUUUCUCAUUUUUCUCCGCCGUUUUGCUGAUGAUAUCUUGGAGACAUCAGCAGAUUCCCUGGAACACAUCCUUCACUUUAUCACCAUUUUUACUGGAAGCAUAGAAAGAAUGAAGAAUCCACACCUAAGGGCCAAACUAGCCGAGGUGUUGGAAGCAGUAAUGCCUCACUUGGAUCAGACCCCAAAUGCCUUGCUGUCCAGUGUGUUCCACCGGAAACGUGUGUUCUGUAACUUUCAUUAUGCACCCCAGCUUGCAGAAGCUCUAAUCAAGGUUUUCGUGGACAUUGAGUUUACAGGAGAUCCCCAUCAAUUUGAACAGAAGUUUAAUUAUCGCCGUCCCAUGUAUCCCAUCCUAAGAUACAUGUGGGGGACAGAGUCCUAUCGGGAGAGCAUUAAGGAUUUGGCCGACUAUGCCUCUAAGAAUUUAGAAGCCAUGAAUCCCCCACUUUUCCUCCGCUUUCUUAACCUGCUAAUGAAUGAUGCCAUCUUCCUUUUGGAUGAAGCCAUACAGUAUUUGAGCAAGAUAAAAAUUCAGCAAAUUGAGAAGGACCGAGGUGAAUGGGAUAGUCUGACCCCAGAAGCCCGCCGAGAGAAAGAGGCUGGCCUACAGAUGUUUGGGCAACUGGCACGUUUCCAUAACAUUAUGUCCAAUGAAACAAUUGGUACCCUUGCCUUCCUAACAUCAGAGAUCAAAUCCCUCUUCGUGCAUCCAUUCCUGGCUGAGCGCAUCAUCUCCAUGCUGAACUACUUCUUGCAGCACCUGGUUGGCCCCAAGAUGGGCGCCUUAAAAGUGAAGGACUUCAGUGAAUUUGACUUUAAACCCCAGCAGCUUGUAUCGGAUAUCUGCACUAUAUACCUGAAUCUUGGGGAUGAGGAGAAUUUCUGUGCCACUGUGCCCAAGGAUGGACGUUCCUAUUCCCCAACUCUCUUUGCACAGACAGUACGAGUCCUGAAAAAAAUAAAUAAGCCCGGAAAUAUGAUAGUGGCUUUCAGCAACUUGGCAGAGAGAAUCAAGUCUCUUGCAGAUCUCCAGCAACAGGAAGAGGAGACCUAUGCAGAUGCCUGUGAUGAGUUCCUGGAUCCCAUCAUGAGCACACUGAUGUCUGAUCCUGUGGUGCUGCCAUCUUCCAGAGUCACUGUGGAUAGGUCCACCAUUGCCAGACAUUUGCUCAGUGACCAAACAGAUCCUUUUAACCGUAGUCCCCUCACCAUGGACCAGAUCCGGCCAAACACUGAACUGAAAGAAAAAAUUCAACAAUGGCUUGCAGAAAGGAAGCAACAAAAGGAGCAACUUGAAUAAAUACUGUGAACUAAACAAACCAAAAGCCAACCCCAAGUGUAGAUAAACAAUUGUCGUGGUCUCCCUCUUUCUGGUUCUGUUCCUUUCUUUUCUAUUUUUUCCCCUCUUCACCAAAUUAAAGAACUACUCUUGGUCAAAUUAUGAUAAUUAUGAUUCCUAAGAACUUGUCAACACUUCCCUGGCUUGCAGUAAAAUACACUUUCUUAUAGUGUCACCGAGUUUAGAAACCAUCACUAAUUUUCAGCCUUUAUUCUCUUUUCUCACUUUAAGUUAUAUUUUUAAGUCGUGUCACAUAUUUCAGUGACAGCUUAAAUCAGAAAAAUCUGUUAUUCUACAUACUUACUAGUCCUCAUAAUUUGGACUUAAACCCUUGUUAUAGUUCUGUAAUGUUACAGAAUAACAUAAAAGCAAAUACGUUCAUGUUUGUGCAGACUUUUGAAUGACAGGUAAGUUUUUUUUUAAAGGAAUCUUUUGCAGCUUCUGCUGGUAGCUUUUAAUUUUGUUAUAUUGUAACUCAAAGAUAUCAUCAUAGUGGGCCAGAGAUUUAGUUCAGUGGUUCCGCCACCUGCCUCACAAGCCCAAGGUCCUGAGUUUGAUCCCUGGUACCAAAAAAUAUAUAUUUAUCUGUAUAGAUAUAUAUCAUCAGAUGCUUUCUCAUGAGGUUGUCACCACCAAAAAUGUAGCCCUGCAAUCUUUUUAUGGGGAUUAGUAAUGGCACAUUUGCCAUCUUGACACUUUAGUCAAAAAAAUUCUGGGGUGAGGGAAUAAAUGGAAGCUGUUGGGUAUUUUAUCUCUUAUGGAAAUUCUGUUGCUACAAGGAGUAACCCUAAGCAGAAAACUUAGGCAACAAAUAUUGCAAUCACAAAAAAUGUCAUUUUAAGACACUAUAUCAGUAGUAUAUCUCAGUAUGUAUUAUGCAUAUACACAUGCACACUUACCAUGUGCUUUUUUAUAUUGGUCUAUUGUAAACUAAUUACCACUUUAUAUUAUCUUCUCAUGGUAAGAUGUAAACUGUGUGGCCAUGCUUACUCAUAUACUCUAGACAAGUAAAAUUCUGAGACUAUAAAAUGUAUAUAAUUUUUGUUUAGGCUGUGAUCUGACUUGUAAGAGCUGCUUCUAACAUAGCCUUAGAUCAUCAGUUAAAAGCAGAAAUGGGAGCAAAACCUUAUCUACAAGCCAUUUUAAAUAUCCACUUAUCCCUGAGUAGUUAGUAAGCAGAUGGGACCUCCUUUUGUAGGCUUAGCCUGAACUCUCCAAUUUAACCUGUUGAGUGAGCCACAUUCCCCAGUGGACCAUCUUUUUAUCAGUGUCCAUCUAAGCCCAGAGAUAUCAUGAUAAGGGACAAGAAAAGUGAUUUAGAAAUAGGGGUCAAAUAUAUUUUUAUGAUAUUCCAACACAAGUUGCUAUAAAUGGUCUUUGGUAUGUUUUGAUGGUAUCAGCUGGAAAACCUCAAAUCUAAGAGGGCCUCCUAGCCCGGUUAUAAAAUAGAUACUACCUAUCGCUGUGCUUAUAAACGAAAAAGGACUGGGACACUUUUGCAUAUGCCAGAAUGUAAGAUUGAAUUGUUGUGCUUUCUCAGCCUUUAAUGGGUGUACUGACAGGAUUUAUUUUCUUAAAAUGAACUUUGUUUCAUAUUUAUUCUCCUCUUGAAAAUGAACUGUGUAUAAAAUAAGUUUCUGCCUACUUGCAUUUAUCUUCCCAUCCCAAUCUAAUAGUGUCAUUCUAAAAGGAAAAGAGGAAAAGACCAGAGUUUUACAGGAGAAAAUUAGAAGAAAAUGGGCACAAAACCUCAAAAAGCAGCUGUUUCCAGCAGCUUUCUAGCUAACAACCUCUAUGCUGCCUCUGGUGUCUGUAUUGUAUUUCUGUAAUUAACCUUCAGAUUGUAAGCCUCUUGUGGCAAGCAUUAUUGUUUUUUUGUUUUUUAUAAAGCUCUUUUCCUGAGACUUUAUGAAUGGCUGUGGCAGCAUUCAUGCUGCUGAUAUCUUUAAAUACAUCACAAAAGCAAGUGUGUACCUGAGUUUGAUCCCCGGUACCAAAAAAAAAAAAAAAAGCAAGUGUGUAGCCAAAGGCCACUACUAGUAAAGAAACCAAGUGUCCUCUGUGCCUUCUUUCUUCAAAGUAGCUUAGGAACAUCUGAAAAAGUGAGACUUAAAAAAAAUCCCAUCUCAAUACAUGGUGCAUAUGUGCAUUUAGAAGUGUAGAGAGGUAUUUUGUCUGGAACUCAGCAACUCUAAAUCUUUUUAAGAGUAGACUUUCUAUGGGCCAGGGAUUUAGCUCAGUGGUUCCGUCGCCUGCCUCGCAAGUGCAAGGACCCGAGUUCGAUCCCUGGUACCAAAAAAAAAAGAGUAGACUUUCUGGGCCUGGAAUUUAGCUCAGUGGUUCUGCCGCCUGCCUUGAAAGCACAAGGCCCUGAGUUCAAUCCCUGAUACCCACCCCCACCCCCCAAAAAAGUGGACUUUCUGAUAUACCUGGUUUUAUGUGUUCACUUUGCUGGAGUAUGAUAGAAAAAUGAAGACUUUUUAAUCAGCUCCGGUAUUGCUUACAUCUUACAAAGAGGCUAAUAAUAAACUGGGAAAUUAUUUAAGUGGGUUUUGCCAAGCAGUGUCAUGGGAUUUUUUUUUUUUGGUAUAGUUUUUAGUGAAUAUAUGAAAUCUGAAGGAAACUAGAGGUUUGUUUUUUUUCUUUAGAGGUAUUUUAAUGAUGCAGGUGAAGGUGCCAGUUGCUGUUCAGUAUCACUCUCUACAAAAGCUUCAUUUAUUUGAUGCUGGUUGCUAAGCACCCAUUGAAGAGUAUAAAUCUACUGGGGACCUUUACAAGCCAGAGGCUGAUACUACACUGUUGUCAUGCAAGGAAUUAAUGCACAUGCUCUAACUGCUAAAUAGGAAAAGAACCUAAAAAAGAAAAAGAAAAUGAGCAAAAAAAAAGGUUGACAAAUAAAACUUGAUCAACAUAAUGGUAUUUUUGAAACAUUCCAGGAAGCUUACUUUUUGUCAAACUUGCCUGGGGGUUGUUUGUUCAAAACUUGUAUUUAAUAAAUGAACACCUGAAUUACAA